GUCCGCACAGGCAGUGCUCUCAUUAGUCAGCUCGUUUGAUUAGCUCCCGCACUAGCGCACUGUAGAUAUCGCCCCGCUCUGAUAGCUUCAAUACAACAACGCCCUUAUCACAAAAUACUCCCUCAUCAGGUUAUGAGCCCUCUCUUAACGACCGCGAUCGCGACCGUGCAGUAGUACACCUUGUCAAUAGCGCAGGUACUAUCGCAGCGCCUUCCUGGUGUUGAGAGAGGCGUUUCCGCACUCAGCAACUACCCCACCAAAAGACGGAGCUACCCCGCCAUCCAUUCCACCUCCCCCCCAUACAACCAACACCAUGUCACUGUCUGACAGCAUCGUACCAAAGCUGCGACAGGAUGGUACUAAUCAUUUCCAUUGGGAGCGUGCCUUUCAACUGUAUGCCAAGUCACAGGGCUACAGUGGCCUCCUCAACGGCACGUGGGAAGAACCCACCGUCAUCAAAGGCCUAACUCAAAUGGAGCCAUCCACGAUCAACAGCGUAUACACAGACGAAGUGCAACUCAGGGCUGCUCAGAUCAGCGUCCGCGAACACAACCGACUCAUCAAAGAGCAGUACAGCCGUGACUGGGCACAAUACCGACGCUGGCAAUCCGCCUGCGCUGCGCUUGAACUCGUGCUGUUGUCCACGGUACCGCAACCCAUCUAUGAGAGCGUCAAUGACCUCACAGAUGUCGCGGACCAGUUCAAUACUAUCAUUGCCCGAUAUAGGGAUCAAGGCGUGACAGAGGAGUGCUCCAUCUGGGCUGACUUCUUCAAACUGCGCGCCCAUGAGUGCAAUACUACGACUACAUUCGUCGACAAGUUCAAAGCUGGCUUAGCCAGGCUCACUCACAUUCAAGACUGCAAGCUCACUGACAAGCAAGCAGUAUAC